AUGUCAACAACAACAACAACAAAUACAGCAACCAACAAAAAGGUCUCAAUUAAAAGACAAAGUAAUAAGAAACAAUUACAACACUCAGUUGAUGAAUGGAAAGCAAAGAUAAUCAUAGCUGCAAAGGCAUAUAAAAAAUCAGAUACCGAGCUAGCUGUGCUAUGUAAGAAUAGAAAUAAAAGUGCUCUUUCAGCAACUGUGAAUGGAUUAACAAAUAAAAAUACAACUGACAAUGAUGAAGUUGCAGUAAAGGGAAGAGAAGCAGCGAGAAAGCUUAAUACUUUGAAUAGAUACAUUGCUAUCACAUUGAAACAACACACCGACACCGAUUUUGAUAAAAUAAGAUCAUGGUAUUACCCUCUACUCGGUGAUGCAAAUAGAUAA